AUGGCGAUCUUCGGCGCCGCAUCGCGGAUGGCCGGCCAGCUCCGGAGGAGGGCACUGGGGUCGAGGUGCGCCACGACGGCCGUGCGGGCGUCCCUGUCGACGGUGGCGGGGAAGGAGAAGACUACGAUGAGCGUCUGGGAGCCGGAGGAGUACCUGAACGGGCGGUACGAGAAGAUGGAGGAGCGGCUUUUGAUCGCCAGGAAGACCCUCAACAAGCCGCUCACCCUGGCCGAGAAGGUCGUUUACGGGCAUCUGGAUGACCCCACUACCAAGGAUCUGGUCAGGGGCGUGAGCUACCUCAACCUGAGGCCAGACCGGGUGGCUAUGCAGGAUGCAACAGCACAAAUGGCAAUGCUCCAGUUCAUAUCCUCUGGCCUGCUGAAGGCAGCAGUGCCAUCCACCAUCCACUGUGACCAUCUCAUCGAGGCCACAACUCAGGACCAGGAAGACAGGGGAGGCCAUGGUGGAGAGGCUGACCUGAAGCAUGCUCAGGUGACCAACAAGGAGGUGUACGACUUUCUUGCCAGUGCCGGCGCCAAGUAUGGCGUUGGCUUCUGGAAACCUGGCUCAGGGAUUAUUCACCAGAUCGUGCUGGAAAACUAUGCAGUUCCUGGCUUGAUGAUGAUCGGCACUGACUCCCACACGCCCAAUGCGGGAGGUCUCGCCAUGUGUGCUGUUGGCGUUGGUGGUGCGGAUGCCGUGGACGUCAUGGCUGGUCUGCCAUGGGAGCUGAAGGCCCCAAAGGUCAUUGGGGUGAAGCUCACAGGGAAAAUGUCAAAGUGGACGUCCCCCAAGGAUGUGAUAUGCAAGGUGGCAGGAAUCCUGAGUGUGAAGGGUGGGACAGGCGCCAUAAUCGAGUACCAUGGGCCUGGGGUUGACAGCAUGUCGUGCACUGGCAUGGGUACGAUUUGCAACAUGGGUGCAGAGAUUGGGGCGACGACCUCCAUGUUUCCUUACAAUGCAAGGAUGCAUGACUACCUUGUCAGCACCAACAGGGCAGGCAUUGCCAGCAUGGCCGACUCAUUCAGGGAGCACCUUGUGCCUGACGCUGGCUGUGAGUACGACCAACUGGUUGAGAUCAACCUCAGUGAGCUGGAGCCACAUGUGAAUGGGCCCUUCACCCCUGACCUGGCCCACCCCCUGUCACAGUUUGCAGACAGUGUGAGGAACAACAAGUGGCCAAGUGAGCUCAAGGCAGGCCUCAUAGGCUCUUGCACGAACAGCUCCUACGAGGACAUGAUGCGUGCAGCCAGCGUGGCGAAGCAGGCCCUGCAGGCGGGCAUCAAGGCCAAGGUGCCUUUCACUGUGACCCCUGGGUCGGAGCAGAUCCGUGCGACAAUCGAGAGGGAUGGGUUCAUGGAGGUGUUCGAGAAGGUUGGAGCCACGGUGCUUGCCAAUGCCUGUGGUCCAUGCAUAGGGCAAUGGAAAAGGACAGACGUUGAGAUGGGGCAAGCAAAUUCCAUCGUGACAUCCUACAACAGGAACUUUGUUGGUCGCAACGAUGGAAACCCAGCCACUCACGCCUUUGUAACAUCACCUGAGCUCGUGACAGCAUUUGCCAUUGCUGGUGACCUGACGUUCAACCCUGAGAAGGAUACGUUGAUUGGCGCUGAUGGCCAGGAGCUUAUGCUGCAGCCUCCCUCAGGGGAUGAACUUCCCAACAAAGGGUUUGAGUCAGGUGCCAUCACAUUCCAACCGCCACCAAAGGAUGGAAGCGGGAUUGACGUGGUGGUGGAUCCCAAGAGCAACCGCCUCCAGCUGCUGGCACCUUUUGCCAAAUGGGAUGGUGAAGACCUGAAGGAUGCUGCUGUCUUGAUCAAGGUCAAGGGCAAGUGCACGACGGACCACAUCUCCAUGGCUGGCCCAUGGCUGAAGUACCGUGGCCAUUUGGACAACAUCAGUAACAACAUGCUGAUCGGCGCCGUCAACUCUGAGAAUGGGGAGGUCAACAACGUGAAGAACGUGCUGACAGGGGAGUAUGGCAGUGUCCCAGACACAGCCCGUGCAUACAAGGCCAAGGGGCAGCCAUGGGUCGUUGUGGGCGACGAUAACUACGGAGAGGGCAGCAGCCGAGAGCACGCAGCACUCGAGCCGCGCCACCUCGGUGGCCGUGCUGUGAUUGUCAAGUCGUUUGCGCGCAUCCACGAAACGAACCUGAAGAAGCAGGGUAUGCUUCCACUGACCUUCGCAGACCCUGCGGACUACGACAAAGUGGCUCCGUCCGACAAGAUUGCGAUCUUGGGCCUCAAGGACUUCACGCCUGGCAAACCACUGACGCUGGAGGGCAAGCGUGUGGAUGGAUCCACAUACACAUUCCCCGUGAACCACACCUUCAACCUGAACCAGAUCCAUUGGUUCAAGAGUGGCAGCGCACUCAACGCGCUCAAGGCCGCAGCAAAGCAAUGA